AUGUCAAGUCUCCCUUGGUAUGUCACUUAUAUACAGAACCCAGAUGAUCCAGACACAGUAGAUGUCAUCAUGCAUAUGCUGGAUCGAGACCAUGAUCGAAGACUAGACUUUACUGAGUUUCUUCUGAUGGUAUUCAAGCUGGCCAUGGCCUGCAACAAGGUUCUCAGCAAAGAAUACUGCAAAGCUUCAGGGUCAAAGAAGCAUAGGCAUGGUUACCGACACCAAGAGGAAGAAAAUGAAACAGAAGAAGAAGAAGAGGAGACACCAAGACGGAAAAAAGGUUACAGACAUUCAAGUUGGAAUGAGGGAGAGGAGCAUGGAUAUAGUUCUGGGGGCUCGAGGGGUACUGCAAAAUAUAGACAGGGGUCCAACUCCAGGAGGCUGAGAAGGCAAGGUGAAUUAUCCAGCUCCGAAGGAUCUGAGAAAAGGUAUCAGGGGUCUGGUUCUGGACACUCCUGGAGUAGUGGCAAAGAAAGACAUGGUUCUAACUCCGGGGAACUACGGGAAAGAAACAAGUCAUAUGGUAGCCCCUCUAGGGAAUCUGGGGAGGAAUAUGUAUCUGGAUCAAAGAGUCAGGGAAGGAAAAGUCAUGGUGGUUUUUCACAUGGACUAGAGACUAGUGAACAUGAAUCAAACUCUACGCAGUCAAGAAAGAGUGGAGGACAAAAUCUUGGGUCUAGCUCUGAAGGUUCAGGAGACAGUAGGAGACAAAGUCAUGCAUGUGGUUAUAGUAAUUCAGGUGGGUGUGGAAGGCCACAAAAUGCUUCUAGCUCUUGUCAGACAAGUAGAUUUAAAGGGCCAGGAAACCAAUCUAGCUGUCCUCAGUCAGGUUGUCAAUCAGGAAGUAGUGGAGGACAAGGUCAUAGAUGUGUCUCAGGAGGGCAGUCCUCUAGAUAUGGUCGAUCUGAUCCUAGUUCCUGCAGGCAGUCUUGUAGUCAGCGAAGAUGUGAAUCUAAACAAUGCGGUCAACCACAAAACUGUGGAGGACAACAAGGAACAGGCUCAAGUCAGUCCUCUUGCUGUGCAAAAUAUGGCUGUGGAACAAGUCAGUCUUCUAGUUGUGGUCAACAUAGAUCUGGUUCUUGUGGACAGUCUUCAAACUCUCAUCAAAAAGGGUCUGGUCCAAAUGAAUUUUCCAAAUGUGGUCAUCAUGGGUCUGGUUCAGGUCAGUCCUGCAGCAGUGAACAACAUGGACCAGGCUCGGGUCAGUCCUCUGGUUUGGGGCAUCACGGGUCUGGCAUAGGUCAGUCUUGCUGUGGCCAGUAUGGGUCUGGCUCAAGUCAGUCUUCUGGCUGUGGUCAACAUGGGUCUAGCUCAAGUCAGUCUUCUGGCUGUGGUCAACAUGGCACUCAGGAAUCUCCCACAGACACUCAGGAUCCACUCAGGGCCAUGCUGGAUCUCAACAUGGAGAGGCAGGAUCCACUCAUUCAGAGAGACAUCAAACUGGUCAUGAAGAGUCCCAAGGUAGUACUAGACGUGCUCAUUCUGGCCUUGGACAAUCCCCAGAGAGUAGUUCCCACAUAA